AUGAGCACUUUUGCCUAUUUUAAGAUCAGCAUUGACAAGAAGGUCCAACCAACGGUUUAUUUCGAGUUGUUCGAAAACGUUGUCCCGAAGACUGUCAAAAACUUUGCUUCACUUUGUGAUGGAUUUGAAAGAGACGGUCGUGAACUUACUUAUAAGGGAUCCCGUUUCCACCGUGUCAUCAAGCAAUUCAUGCUUCAAGGUGGUGAUUUUACGCGUGGUAAUGGAACUGGCGGAGAAAGCAUUUAUGGUGAAAAAUUUGAAGACGAAAACUUUGAAUUAAAGCACGAUAAGCCUUUUUUGUUGUCAAUGGCAAAUGCAGGACCAAACACUAACGGCUCUCAAUUCUUCAUUACUACUGUUCCUACUCCUCACUUGGACGGUAAGCAUGUAGUCUUUGGUCGCGUUGUUGGUGGAAAGUCUACCGUCCGUGCUAUUGAAAAUAUGGAUACCACUAGCGAUGAUCCAGUUGUUCCAGUUGUCAUUGAAGAGUGUGGCACUUGCAGCGAAGAGCAAAUUGAACCUCCUCAACCUGAUAUUACUGGCGACGCUCUUGACGAAUACCCAGCUGACUAUGAGGGCGACAAGUCUGAGACUGCUAUAUUCAAGAUUGCUAGUGAUUUGAAGAAGAUUGGCAAUACUCAAUUUGCACAACAGAAUUUGGACUUGGCUGUUGUCAAAUGGCAAAAGGCUUUACGUUACCUUGCUGAACAUCCUGUUCGCAAUGACGACUCUCAGCAGCCCGAUAAGUUUUGGCAAGAAUACUUCAGUCUGAAAUACAGUCUUUAUCUCAAUAUAGCUCUUAUUGCUUUGAAGCAAAACAAUGCCAAAGAGGUUAUCCGCAAUUGCGAUAUUGUUGUGAAUGCCGACGGUGCUACCGUGUUGGAAAAACAAAAGGCUUACUACCGCCUUGGAAGUGCUCAUAGCAUUUUGAAGAACUUUGAUGAAGCUGAAGAAUUUUUGGCAAAAGCUGGGAAAGAUGCUGGCGUCACUAAAAAAAUUGCCGAAGUUCGUCAACAAAAGCAAGAUUUCAAGAAGCGUCAACAAAAGGCUUUCUCUAAAAUGUUUCAGUAA